AUGGGUGCUCCUUUACAAAGUGUUGUCAUAGCUGCCAGAACAUUAUCACAGCUAUGGAAUAAACCUCUUGUUGGUGUUAAUCAUUGCGUUGGUCAUAUUGAGAUGGGGCGUGAGAUAACAGGUGCACAGAAUCCAGUGGUUCUAUAUGUCUCCGGUGGAAACACCCAAGUGAUUGCCUACUCCAAACAAAGGUAUCGUAUCUUUGGCGAAACCCUAGACAUUGCCAUAGGUAAUUGUUUGGAUAGAUUUGCCCGCACCCUCAAAAUCCCUAACGAUCCAGCACCGGGGUACAAUAUCGAGCAGAUGGCCAAGAAGGGGCGUCACUUUGUUCCUUUACCAUAUACUGUGAAGGGAAUGGAUCUUUCGAUGUCAGGUAUCUUGGCACAUGUUGACGAAAUCGCUAAAGACUUGUUCAAGGGUAACUCCAAAAAGCUAGUUGACCAGGAAACGAAUGAGCCAAUCACCCCCGAAGAUUUAUGUUUUUCUCUUCAAGAAACUCUUUUUGCUAUGUUGGUGGAGAUCACAGAGAGAGCUAUGGCGCAUGUACAGAGCAAUCAGGUGUUGAUUGUAGGUGGAGUUGGCUCGAAUGAGCGUUUACAAGAGAUGAUGGCAUUGAUGGUGAAGGACAGAAAAAAUGGCUCCAUUCAUGCCACCGAUGAAAGAUUUUGCAUUGAUAACGGAAUAAUGAUAGCGCAUGCCGGCUUACUUGGAUACAGAAUGGGCCAAACCAACGACCUACAAAACACGGUGUGUACCCAGAGAUUCCGAACAGACGAGGUGUUCGUUGAAUGGAGAGAUGAUUGA